CCUCGGAGGCGAGCUCCGGGUAGAGGCCGGUGCCAGGUGGCCAGUCCAGCGCCCUGCCCAGCGCGGCCCGGGCCAUGGGUCUCUGAGGGCCGGCCCGGGCGGGCUGCGGGGCGGCCCCAUGCGUGGGUCCGAGCCAUGAGCGGCGGCCGCCCGGAGUUCAGCAUCGAUGAUGCCUUCGAGCUGUCCCUGGAGGAGGGGGGCCCGGGGCCCGGGGGGGGCCCCCCGCGCUUUGGGGCGCUGCACUUCGAGCGCAAGGGCCGGGGGGACGCGGAAGAGGAGGGCGAGAAGCAGUCUCGUCUCAAGUACCAGAACCUGGAGAACGAUGAGGACGCUGGCCGGAUCCCCCCGGAUCCCGACGGAGCUCUGAAGCUCAGGGACCCUGGGCGCUCCUCCACCCAAAGCUCCCAAUGGUCCUUCAGCACCAUCAGCAACGGCACCCAGCGCUCCUACCGGGCCUUCUGCAGCUGGACGCAGCACCCUCUGAUCCAGAAGAAUCGCCGGGUGGUUCUGGCCUCCUUCCUGCUGUUGUCGCUGGGCCUCACACUCAUCCUCAUUGGGGUGGGACUCCAGGUGAACCCUUCUCCAGGUGUCUCCAGUGCCAUCUUCUUCGUUCCUGGCUUCCUGCUGCUCAUCCCCGGAGUGUACCACGUCAUCUUCAUCUACUUGGCCGUCAAGGGCCACCGAGGCUUCCAGUUCUUCUACUUGCCGUACUUUGAGAAGUGAGCCGCGAGCCUGGCUGGGAUGGAGCUCUCCCCCACCCCCUGCUGCCUUAGCCGCCCGGAAAUGGGCCCAGCUGGCCGGAUACUGGAUGCCGGACAGCUCCAGGCUGGGCGGGAGGAAGGAUGGGGAAGGGGCCCUGGCUGUGGCGAACUGACAACAAAGGGAGCCUCCCCUUCCCUUCCUAGGGACCUCUGAGCCCCGCUGGCCGAUGCCCUGCUCUUCAGGAGGGGGGACUGGAGGCUCAGAGAGUGGCGCCUUGUCCAGAGAUGCCCAGCUAGUCAGCAGCAGAGGCAGGAUUUGAACCCGGGCCCUCUGCCUCUGGCUCACUACUUGGAGCUGCCUUGAUCCCUGCUAGACAGGCUAGAGCUGAAGCCCCUGAACAGCUUCAGUCACUGCUCCUUGCCCGGCCCCAGGACCCCAGAAGGUCUGAGCUGGAGAGACACAGCCAGCUCUGGGCUCGGGUUUUCUCAGGAAGUUUUCUGCCCAUCUCUCCUCCGUCCUCCUUCCUCCCUGGGCUGGGGGGGUGGGGGGGAGAGGGGGGCAGGCCUUACUCAGCCCCACCCCCACUCCAGCCCUUCUUUAUUCCUCGUGCCUUUAACUUAUUAGGAGGCCCCAGGCUUUGGGUCUUGUGUCCAAAUAAAAUGGCACUGGAUUCUGGCUCAAA